GAGGUAGGUAGCCGUCCUCCCCCGAGACCUGGUCACCGCGACCUCGUCUCCGGUCAGCUCCCAGACACGCGCACCGGCGCCAGGUCAAACUCAUCCCAAAACCUCAAGCAUCCCCCCAAUGCUCCCACCCCUCCUCCCCAAGUCAACCGCUAGCUCCCCACGCCCAUGGCUCCUUCCCCUCCCGCUCCCCUCCUCCUCCUCCUCGCGUGGGGUCUCGGAUAUGCCGCGACGGCGACGACGGCUGAGGACCCGUGCCUGAAGAAGGUCUGGUUUGGGUCCCUCGCGAGGAACGCGUCAAUCAACUGCAGCUGCGACGAUUUGAACCUCCCGUGCCGCAUCACACACCUGAACGUGACUGGCUACUGGAACCUGACCGACAUCCCGCCAGCGCUCUUCAAUUUGACGGAGCUGGUCUCUCUGGAUUUGAGUAACAACAACUUGAGUGGUCAAAUACCUCCAGAAAUUGCCAAUCUCUCCAAACUGGAAACAUGGCACUUCAACAACAAUCAACUCAGUGGGCCUUUUCCUAAUGGAUCUUCAGGUUUGAGGAGUCUUCAGUCCCUGUGGAUGUUCGAUAAUUACAUUGAAGGGACACUUCCAGAAUUUAUUGCGAACUUUACCAAUCUCACAGACUUGAGAAUAUAUGGGAUGAAACUUCAAGGACCUAUUCCAAACAAUUUUUCUAAUUUGAUCAACCUGGAAAAGCUGAUGCUUGGUGAUAUCGAUGGUGGGAAUUCUACUUUUGAUUUCAUCGCAAAUUGGGCAAAUCUUUCAACAUUAUCACUCAGAAAAUGUGGAAUCGUUGGCCAACUUCCUAGUAUUCCCCGAAAUUUACCUAACCUAACAUACCUAGAUUUGGGAUCAAACAAAAUAUCAGGCCAAAUAGAACUAUUGCUUCCAUAUAAGAGUUCAAGCUACCUAUAUGUUGGUGGAAACAACUUAAGUGGACAUCUGCCUUCUGAACUUGUUCAGUCAUCACGUGCUUUGGAUGUUUCAUAUAACACCUUUCUCAAUGGAAGCCUUCCUAACAGUCCUGCCGGUCAGAAGGGGUCAAUAAAUUAUAUCGGAACUUCAAUUGAUGCAAGCAGAACAAUUAACAGUGAAAACCUUACCCUACUCAACUGUCUCCACAUGAAAGGAUGCAACAGAACAUUUUACAACAACCUUAUAACUUCCUGUGCUAUAAACUGUGGUGGCAAGCAAACGACUUAUCCAGAUUCAUUGUCAAGCAUGUUCUAUGAUGACACUAGUGACCUUGGAGCCGCAGGCUUUCAUGUUAAUAGUGACAGACAAUGGGUGGUUAGUCAUGUGGGUUAUGAUCCUCUUAGUGUCUCUCCUGGUAUAGUAAAUGCAAGUCAAUUUAUUCUGGGGGCAGACUUGCCUGAGCUCUAUAAAACAGCAAGGACAUCAAGAAGCGAUUUGUGGUACUACGUGGUUGGUCUGUCUAAUGGGAAAUAUACAGUUCAACUCUUCUUCGCAGAGAUAGUUAUUGAAAGUGAACUGAAUCGUGGACCAGGAAGGCGUUCAUUUAACAUUGAUAUUCAGGAUCAGAAUAUCAGGACAGAUUUUGAUAUUACUAAGGAAGCAGGGGGUUUUGGAAGACCCACAAACAUAACCUAUGAAGCAACCGUGGAUAGCUCGGUUCUUAAAAUACAUCUCUACUGGAAUGGACGAGGCACACGUGCUAUUCCAUAUGAAGGAGCUUAUGGGCCUCUGGUAUCAGCAAUAAGAGUUUUCCGUCCUGAAAUGCCCCCGAACAACAGCCCCCCACCUGUGCGACCACAGCCAGCGCCACAGGAUAACAAGCGAAGAGGAGUGGUUGCGGGCAUUGCAGCCCUGUGUAUAGCUGGGGCGGUGAUAUCUUCGUCCGUCGUUUACCUCUGGUGGAAAUGGGUCUCACUCGUGAAGCAUCCAAAUACAUGAGUUCAGAUGUGUAUACCAUGUGAAUGAGCCACUGUGCACUGUAUCAUAUCUUCGUUGAGCUGUGGUGGGGACAUGGACGCCUGUACAGGAACACGUAGCGCGUAAGGUGAAGAGGAUAAUGACAUCGAUGUACAGUUCGGUUUACAGUCAGGAUAUUAGGUCUGUAGAUUCGUUUUGUUUACGAUUCGUUGAUUGUAACUUCUAAGAACCACUGAUGUCAUCCCACGUUUUGUUUUUGGCAUGUUGUAUUUUAUUUAUUUAUUUGUUCUUUCAAACUCA